CAUUAUCUAGUUUUGAGAUUUGGCCGCAUUUAUGCAGGCUGUCGGUAAUGAAGUGUGCUCAAGGUGCUUUUGUGUUGUUAAAUUCGCUUGAGUGUGCUUACUGGGAUGGCGCAAUUUUCGAAAGACGCGGUAUGGUAUCGUUCGCCCGCGAUACACUUCAGUCGCGUUUGUGGCUGCAUGCGAUUUGACGUAUUCUGCGCCCAGUGAUGUCACUUGUCAGAUUAUUUUAUGAAAUGUCAAACGUUUUUAAUGGAAUUCGCGUGUGAAUGGUAAACAAAUUGACAGUGAAAUUUAUAUUGAUGCAGUGAUUUUCUUAACGAGUGACAUGGACUGUUAUUAUUCGAAAUUUUAUCCCAGUCGUAAGUGACAAAUGGAAAAUUUACAACGGUGAUUCGUUCGUUCAUGAUGCACCCCGCGGGAUACUACGCUAACCUUGCGAGCGGCGCGCUCGCAGCCGGCACCAUUGCGUCCCCGUGGAGCACGGCGGCCGGCGCGCCCGACACCAACGGCUCGGGCGGCGCCGACGCCAAGCACCUCGACGUUGGUGAUGCCAGUGACGACGAAAAGGACUUGUCGGCGGCAGAUGCAGAAGGUGUAUGGAGUCCGGAUAUCGAACAAAGCUUCCAAGAGGCAUUGGCAAUAUAUCCACCAUGUGGACGCCGCAAAAUCAUUCUAUCGGACGAGGGAAAGAUGUACGGAAGAAACGAGUUAAUAGCAAGAUACAUAAAGCUCAGGACAGGAAAAACUCGCACGAGGAAACAAGUUUCGUCUCACAUACAGGUGCUAGCGAGGCGGAAACUGCGGGAAAUUCAGGCGAAACUGAAAGUGGACGGUGGUGUGAUGAAGGAAAAGGCCAUGCAGUCAAUGAGCACUCUAUCUAGUGCUCAGAUCGUGGCAGGGUUGCCGCAUCCCGCGUAUCACCACACGCAAUUCUGGCAACCCGGUUUACAAGCUGGGACCUCUCAUGACGUGAAACCUUUCCCCGCGGCUGGUUACAAAGGCGUCCCAGGCGUGACCGGCGUUGGGGUACCAGGCGGUACGGACGUGGCGCCACCACCACCCUGGGAAGAUAGAGCUAUCGCAACGCACAAGCUAAGGCUCGUGGAGUUCUCUGCCUUCGUUGACCACCAGACCAGGGAUCCAGACGCAUUUACAACACCUGCACAACAUCUAUUUGUACAUAUAGGUGGCACAGUUACAUACGCGGAUCCUUUAUUAGAGUCUGUAGAUGUGCAACAGAUAAACGAUAAAUUUCCAGAGAAGAAAGGCGGCUUAAAAGAAUUGUACGAUAAGGGACCCAGAAAUGCCUUCUUCCUCGUCAAGUUUUGGGCGGACCUAAAUACAAAUAAUUUAGACGACCCAAAUGCCUUCUACGGAGUCACUAGUGUGUACGAAAGCAACGAAAACAUGACCAUAACGUGUAGUACUAAAGUGUGUUCGUUCGGUAAACAAGUAGUGGAGAAGGUAGAAACGGAGUACGCGCGGUACGAGGGCGGCCGGUUCGUGUACCGCAUACAACGGUCACCCAUGUGCGAGUACAUGGUCAACUUCAUACAUAAACUCAAACAUCUACCUGAGAAGUACAUGAUGAACAGUGUCCUAGAAAACUUCACCAUACUACAGGUGGUAUCAAACAGAGAUACUCAAGAGACGUUACUCUGCGCCGCGUUCGUAUUCGAGGUGUCAAACAGUGAACACGGCGCGCAGCAUCACAUCUAUAGGCUCGUGAAAGACUGAACUACUCGCACGCUCCGCUCGCUCGCCGUCGCCGCUCCCCCCACCUGCAUCUACGCGAAGUAAGCGGAGUGAGCGAAGCAAGCGAACCGAGCGAUGUAAGCGGAUCGAGCGAUUACCACACGAGCGCUUCACGCGAUCGUGCCAUUCGAUUUCUAAGUACCUGCGCACACUAAACGCAAUUGUCACAAGCGGCAGUGUCGUCGUUUGCAAUGUGGGCAGGCUUAGACCUCGCAAUUUCUACUCGAGUAGGUCUUCCGAUUCGAUACAAGUGCUACUCUUAUUUCCAUCCGGCACGUUACUUUAUCAAAAGUCGUAGGUUCAUUAUUUAAAUAGUGAACAUUAUAAAUAGCAAAAUGUGAUCUGAAAAUUACGCUACAAGUAUUUUUGUAACUAAAUGUUUAUUGUAUAGCUCAAUUUUGAAUAUCUCUAAUGUAAAUCAGAUGGUCGGGUCUUCAAUUGUUAUUGUAGUCUCACACCAACGCGUAGACAUUUCCGAACGUAUUUUCUAAAACUAUCGUUUUCGUAUUAAAAUUUCCUUUCACCACGUUCAUUGAGAGUAACAAUAAUAUUUUACAUAAAUAUUAUAAUGCUGAAUAUAGUUCGGUAUAAACGUGUAAAAUAAUGUCAAAUAAGAGUAUAGAAUUGAAUACACACAGUGCCUCUAAUUAUGUUACAUUAACAUAAAUUACUUGAGCAUAUUUAAUCUUUUCACUGGCUUAAUUAUCAAUAUAGAUAUAAUGAAAUACUAAGAGAGGUGUAACAGUGAAAAGAUUAAAACUUAGUGUAGGAUACCGAAUCAGCGUAGGUAUAAUAAGUAUAGAUUUGUUAAGUAUUGUCUCUAGUAAACUUUAUCGGACGUUUUGUUAAAUGCUCGUGGUACAAUUUUAUAAAUAUCGCUUUAUUCACCUAAGAAUGCUCAAUAGAAUAUCUAUAUUUUCUUUUUCAGGGGAGAAUAUCCCUGUGUUUAUUAUACUUUGAUAUCAACUUAUAAACCUUGCCUUUUUCUAUACAUUUUGUAUAUAAGAAUUUUCCUUAUUUUAAUAUACGUUUGCCAGAAAACGGUCUUUGCCACAAACAGUAUCUCAAGUGUGUACCAAUGUGUACUUGUAUAUAAUAAUGUAUCUAUUUGUACCUACUUAAAUAGUGUACAUUGUGUUCAGAUGAUCUGCAAGAUUUAAGGUGUGUAAUAAAGUUGUAUCAUAUGAGAGAAAUAGGAAAAUCGGUCACAAGGAUAUGUUAAUUAACCAUAUCCGUUUUACGUAUAAGGCGUUCUAACUUUGUUCAUUUCCAUAUCUUUCUUUGGCAGCUAUGUAUCCUUGACCUAGAUUUCAAUACUCCCUGUCCCUAUUAUUUCUCGUUUGUUCGUCGCCUUUCGACACGCACCUAUGCUUGAAUGAGAGUGUCUACUACGAAAUGACAAUUCCGAAUUCUACGAAUUUAUUUUAUGUCAAUCAGCACACACAUUUCAAUUGUUCCGAUCUAACUGCUUUAAAUUUAAUAAUAAAUUUAUUAUUUAAAUUUUAUAAUAAUAGUCGAAAUGAAUAAUUGGUGUUUGGCAAAAAAAAUACAAAGUUUAAUCGUGUCGUUCGGAUUUGAAAUUUCGGAAUAGACCACAAACUACUUGUAACAAUUAUGAUUCGUAUACAGGGUUAGUCUUAGUAGUACAACUAGCCAAAGACCUAGUAAUCAAGAAACAAAAGUUGUUUGACCAA